UCCAAAGCAUCCGAAGAGUGAUCGGAAACUUCUAGAAGCAUCUAGAACUAAUUAAGCGCUCUCCUGAGUCCUGACAUAUAGGCGAUCGAGUCAUCGAGAUGGAGAGGGUGACGAAGCUGGCGUCGGAGCGGGCGGUGGUGGUGUUCACGGCGAGCAACUGCGGCAUGUGCCACGCCGUGACGAGCCUCCUCGGCGAGCUGGGCGUCAACGCCGCCGUGCACGAGCUGGACAGGGACCCCCGCGGCCGGGACAUGGAGAGGGACCUCGCCCGGCGCCUCGGCCCGCCCGUAGUGCCGGCAGUCUUCAUCGGCGGCAACCUCGUCGGCGGCGCCAACAGGGUCAUGUCGCUGCACCUCGCCGGCGAGCUCGUCCCCAUGCUCAAGAACGCCGGCGCGCUCUGGCUCUAGCAUGCAGUAACGACUAUGUAACGCAAGGCCAGGUUUUUUUAUGCCCUCUGCUGAGAAUAAAUGGAGUGCUGCAAUGGUCUAAUCUUCCGGUGGUUACUGUAAAUGUCGUC